GGGUGAACCGGGAAGGGUGCAGCGGGGCAGCGAGCCCUGGGUGGGGUUCGGAAAGGGGCGGCUCCUCAGAAUGACCUUAGUCCAGUGUCCUCGCCUCUUGGACCCUGUUUCCCCCUUCCUAGCUAGUGAGGGCUGAGAGAUUCGUGCCCCCAGAACGCACGUCCUCCUCGGGGAACUCCAGCCUUGCCGAGGAGCCCGCGCCGACCACCUGGACGAAGCAGUGACCCACACCCUCUUCCGUACAUCCCCAUUAGAGCUCGUACCAAGCCUUUUCAGAUGCUCUGUAUCAACCAGCCAGGCUCCCCCAGAAACCUUAUCAGUCAGUUCUGGGUCUUGGUCCAGUACCAGGAGCAGACGGGAUCGGGUGCUUGGGCCCUGGUUAUGAAGAGAAUAGAGGUGAAGACUUGGGUACUCUGGACCCAGACGCACUGGGAACUCGUUCCCGAAUGCCUCUGUUUAUCCCCUGUAGGUUGUCUGGGAAUUGACUUGCUCUCUGUGCAUCAGUUCCUCUCGUCUAUAAAGUGGAGCCUAGGGGCAGCUUUCCUCCGUGAGGUGGUGAGGGAUCCUGCUCUCUCCCAGGCCACUGUGGACAUGUGCAAGGGCCCCCCACCGGGUCCAGAUGACACUCAUGUCGAUGGCUUCAGUGAUGGCGGUGACUGAACCAAAAUGGGUCUCAGUCUGGGGCCGCUUCCUGUGGCUGAUACUGCUGAGCAUGGUGCUGGGCUCCCUGCUGGCCCUGCUGCUGCCGCUGGGGGCCAUGGAGGAGCAGUGUCUGGCUGUGCUCAAAGGCUUCUACCUGCUCAGGAGCCGGUUGGACAGGGCCCAGCCUGCCAUCACCAAGUGCACCAGCCCAUCCACGGAGCUCAGUGUCACCUCCAGGGAUGCAGCACCGCUGGUGGUCAAGACCAAGGCGUCUCCAGCCAGCAAGUUAGAAGCCAAAGCAGCUUUGAACCAAGCCCUGGAAAUGAAACGCCAGGGCAAGCGGGAGAAAGCCCACAAGCUCUUCCUACACGCCCUCAACAUGGACCCGGGCUUCGUGGACGCGCUCAACGAGUUCGGCAUCUUCUCAGAAGAGGACAGGGACAUCAUCCAGGCUGACUACCUGUACACCAGAGCACUGACCAUAGCACCCCACCACAAGAAGGCGCUGGUCAACCGCGACCGCACGCUGCCGCUGGUGGAGGAGAUCGACCAGCGGUACUUCAGCAUCAUCGACAGCAAAGUGAAGAAGGUCAUGUCCAUCCCCAAGGGCAACUCGGCACUGCGCCGGGUCAUGGAGGAGACGUACUACCACCACAUCUACCACACAGUGGCCAUCGAGGGCAACACUCUCACCCUCUCAGAGAUCAGGCACAUCCUGGAGACCCGCUACGCAGUGCCGGGGAAGAGCCUGGAGGAGCAGAAUGAGGUCAUCGGCAUGCACGCGGCCAUGAAGUACGUCAACACGACGCUGCUCUCCCGCAUCGGCUCCGUCAGCAUCGGCGACGUGCUGGAGAUCCACCGGCGGGUGCUGGGCUACGUGGAUCCCGUGGAAGCCGGACGCUUUCGCACGACCCAGGUCCUGGUGGGCCACCACGUCCCGCCCCACCCUCAGGAGGUGGAGAAGCAGAUGCAGGAGUUCAUACAGUGGCUCAACUCGGAGGACGCCAUGAACCUGCACCCGGUGGAGUUUGCGGCCCUGGCCCACUAUAAACUCGUCUACAUCCACCCCUUCAUCGACGGCAACGGCAGGACCUCGCGCCUGCUCAUGAACCUCAUCCUCAUGCAGGCGGGCUACCCGCCCAUCACCAUCCGCAAGGAGCAGAGGUCCGAGUACUACCACGUGCUGGAGGUGGCCAAUGAGGGCGACGUGAGGCCGUUCAUCCGCUUCAUUGCCAAGUGCACGGAGACCACCCUGGACACCCUGCUCUUUGCCACCACGGAGUACCCUGUGGCACUGCCAGAGGCCAGACCCAACCACUCUAGGUUCAAGGAGACGCUCCCUGUGAAGCCCUAACGCUCUAAAUCCUCCCUUGGUGGCAAAGGAUGUCCCGGGGGCGGGGGCAGGGGGGGAGUAAAUCCAAGAAACUCAGCACUUCUAGAAACCUAGUCAUCUCCCAGAGCAAAAGGAGAUGAGUAAGGAACUUAAACAUUCUUUACCUCCAAAUGCUUCUUUAAAGAAGAAAACUAAAUUAUUAAGCCUUGUCCCCAAGAUAACUUAUAAUUGAGCCCAGUUAUUUAUUUAUUUCCCUCUGAGCUGGUAAAUGUGUGCUGUCAGCUGUCUGUGCUGGUGGCCCCGAUCCUUGGGGUGGCCCCAGCAGGCUUUGGGGGCAUCAGUGCUCCUUGUGUGACCAGAACACAGGUUCUGGAGCAGAAUCUGCACCGAGGUGGGGGAGCUGUGGGAUGAGGUCCGGAGGAGUAACUCCUUGCAGCCCUUUCUGGAACCGGCCGCGAGGGUCUGUGACUACCUGAGAGAAGUCCACACGGCUGAGGAGAACCCGGUCGCAGUUCUGAGAAGUGACUGAAAGCUUCCUUUCGUACAGGUGUUGGCUCCCCUACCAAGAGGUUAGUGUUGUGACUAAUCCUUACCGGAAGAGCAAAUUUCUGAGAUAUGAAAUGAACGUUUACAAUAUAUCUAGAUAGAUAACCUCGCUUAUUUCAAGGAAGAUUCUUUGAGCCAUAGUUUGCAAACGCCGGUACCAGAGGCUGUUAUUUUGCCACAUCGACCGUUUCUCUAAUUAAGAACAGGGGCAUGGCUAUCCUGGGUUCUUUGUAUUGAUGUUUCUCACAUUUGCAGCAAUUCAGACCACAUGUUUCAAUCUAAAGGUUCUUCUGGGUUUGUCACCUAACAAACAAUUAAAUCCUGCUGCAAAUCAGGCAUUAGGACACAUCUGAAGACAGACGCCUAGUCAGUAGCCAACAAGCAUUUGUGAGGAGUCAAGAGCGCCAGUUCACAGGAGCCGAGAAACACCUUUGACCGCAGCCAGGAUGCGUCCCUUUAAUCCACUCACCUGCCCCACAGCCACUGUCCCCUCGGGGGGAAGCAGAGCAGAUUGCCUUGGAGGGGCCUUAUGUUCCUAGCAACUUGUUAAAAGAUAAAAUGUUACAGGUAACAAAGCCAGGUUUCCAAGUUGGCUGCUGCUGUUUAGUCUGAACGGAGCACGGAGUAAUUUUCUGAAAGAUUAGUAAGUGAAAAUGGCCCCAAGUGAUAGUUAUUCAAACCUUGAUGAAAAAUAUUUUUGUAUUUGUAUGCUGUCAUAAGGUAUUUCUUAAACCUUAACUCUUCUAAUCGUCUUGCUCUUUAUAAGCACACCAAGGAAGCCUGACAGACGUGCUUGCUUUGUACUAGAGGGAGAAAAUUUGCACUUUAGCUAUGUGAAGGGUAUUAUUUUAACAAAUUACUAAUAAAGUAUUUUGUUACAUAAAUGCCUGAGACUUUGCUACCUUAUUCAAGAGAUGAUGUUCCCAUCCAUCUAUCCUAAGGGGGAAGGAGGGAUUCCUUCGGAACUUUAGCCCUAUUCUUUAUAUUGUUCUGGGAGAAAAACAGAUCCAAGAUGGAAUUAUUCCACCAAGACAGAACUGGUUGGUUAUGUUGACAGGGAUGUAUCGCUGACCUUGCGCUAAGACACGAGCAGCUGAAACGGUUUUCAUGUAUCUUUACCACACGCCCCUGUGGACAUCUGAGAGGGUGAAGUGAGGGCAGAGGAUUGGCAAAAGCAAGAGAACAAAACCUUUACCACCACAUGACCUGGAUUGCUAAGGAAAGGUCCAUGGCCCCUUGGUUCCAGACUGACCCACAUCCUCUCACCCACGGAACGGGCCUCUCUGCAGGGAAGUGGCUAGCCGGCCAUCCCAGAGAACACCGGUUCUUCUGACUGCUCCACAGCCGCUGCUUGAAUUCAAAAACACCUAACAACAAACGUUCUGUGCAGAAGAUAAAGAUGAGGUACAGAGAACCUAUCAAUUAAAAAACUUAUUUACAAAACAACAGGAAAUUGGAGAUUUGCCUGGAUGGUUGAUAACAUUAAGGUAUUACUGCUAAUGUUUCUAGAAAUGAUAAAACCACGGCCCUCAAGUCCUUAGAGAUACAUGCUACAGUAUUAUUGGGUGAGCACUAAUGAUGUCUGGGAUAUCCCUCCAGAACACCGGAUACAAGAGGGGCAGGAGGUGGAGAUGAAGACGGGCUACGAGCUGAGCAAUGCUGAAGCUCGAUGACAGGCACCCGGGGCUUAGUUUACUAUUCUGUCUACUUAUCUGUUUCAAAUGGUCCAUUAAAAAUGUUAAGUUAAAAAAUAUAGGAAAGCCUGAAUGAUGCAUAAAACUUUUGGAAACAGAUAAAUGAGCUGAUUUUCAUGACACAGAAAAGAAUUCCGAUUUUUUUCCCCAGAGUGCCUUUUAUAAAGUCAGUUUCCCUACUGAACUGCCAAUGUCACUUUCAAAGCAAUAAAUACUGGAUAAAAGAUGUGGGUAAAAAAGCUUGAAAGCUGUAAGCGCCAAACUGCUGUAAACUGAAGUUUAAAACCGAAGAUAUCACAGCAGAAAUGGUUUAAAUCAAAGUGCCAAGCAGAUUUGACU